UGACAAGUUGAUGACUGAAUGGGAAUCUGAUCAAUGAAGGGCUGGUCCUGGUACUGCUGCUUCUUGCGGCAGGAGGAGAAGAACCGGACUGAGGUAGAGGCGACGGGCAGCUCGGUCUCGCCUCCAACGACGGCUCCCAUAGUGGGCGGGAGCGGGAUAGUUGGCGGGGAACAGCUGGAGCAGGACCCGGGCGCCGGAAUCAUGGUAGAGAGCGCCUUGGUGUCGUCGAAGUCGACACAGUCAACCGAGUUAUGGCAUCUAUCAGCCGCGACGAGUCUCGCAUGUAACUCGACUCAUCAACUGUGCCGCCGUUGGUGCCUGUUCGUUGGGUUUGCUGGGCCCCAGUUCAGACCCUGCCUACGAGGCGUGACAGAGAGCAGCGCCGUGGAGGCCAUCAAUGAUUUGGCGGAGCGUUCGGCUUCUGAGUUGGAUUUCGGGCUGGCCGUAUCUGGCAGCCUACAGUCAAUCACCUUGUUUGUUUCCUCUCUCCGACUCAGUUGUCUUGGCCGAGCCUCAUGAGCUGCCUACAACGGCGAUUGACUGCGAUGAGUUGAUAUCACGUGUGCGGUGGACGUAUUCGUGGAAGCUUGCAAGAUCGGCAAUAACGUCUGUGUGCUUUUCUUAUUUUUAUUUUUACUUUUGAUUUCCUACACCAGACGAACUUAGACUGCAAAGUGCUCAGAGUCUGAUAAUUCGACAAUUUGACAGCUAAAGAGAGGUAAUCGAUGCUGUAUGUACGCUGCACCUUAUUCAAAGCUUCGCGGACAGAUUUCAACAGGAUCAAGAUUCG